GAGGUACAUCUUUAGCAUUAAAGCAUUAGCUGUUUCCCAAACUCCAGCUGUUCCCUGCCAAGAUUUCUUGAAGCUCCAGUUCUGCAGGGAUGAGAUUAAACAGCUGCCCAGGGAGAAGCAGACCUCAGACUGUUUUUCAGAAUCUCCUCCGAGGUGGUGAACUAGCUUCUCUCCACGAAACCAUUUCCAGCUCAAAAACUACUCAGAGAGAUCCACAUUGUUCGCCUCACACUUGAGGUGCUUGGCCUGUGAUGGGAAAGGUAACUUUGGGUCCCACAGUUUCUGCUGCUCCUCUUAUCUCACUGAUCAGGGCCUCAGUUUCCCAUCUAUAAAAUGAUGAAGUUGGAUCUCUAAGAUCCCUUCAUACUAAAUCUUGGCUCCUGUGAUCCCUAAAUCUCUUGGGUAGGGGACCCUCAGUGGGUAGGUCAAAAGUAAAGGAUCCCCAGUGAAGUUAAGAGGGAGGAGAGAAAAUCACUACCUAUUUCUGGACCUGGAGAAGCUCAAUGAUCCUGUACACUGACUCCUCCCCAGCACACGCUUAGACACGCCUGCACCUGCAGCCACACCUGGCCUUGGUAGGAGUCAGGGUAAGUCUCAGCAGGUGCAAGCCCUUGGCGUGGACAGGUUUCCCACACCUGUGAGGUUCUGUCAGUACUUGUUUUGGGGGGUGGGAAAAGGAGGGCAGUGCACCAAGACUGGUGCCUCGGGGCUUGAUAUGGCUAGAGGGAGGCGGGGAUGGACUGGGGGAGCCCACAGGGGUCCUGCAGGGAAUUUUGGAGGCCUUACUCUGGCUGCAUUGGCUGAGGACAUACAGCUCAGCCGAGAGGGGACUGGACCACGCCAAGGGCAGCCCCCCCAGGAGUCUGAAAGCCCCACUGAACCGGUCACUGCACCAAGGACAGAGAAUUUGGAACCUGAUACGGCCACUGGGGUGCUGAGGAAUGAGCCCCACUCUCCAAAGGCUUCUAGCUCAGAUCCUGAGCCCCAGCCCUGGGAGCCUGAACAGCAUCCUCAGUGCUUUCUGGUCCCUGGUUCCUUGGCAGAUUUUGCUGUUCAAACUGUGGUCUGCCUUGAAGAUGCCGGCAUCUCAGGGACCCAGGCCUUGGCUUUCAGUCUCUCCUCAGCUUUGGAGGAGACUCAGGGCGGACAGCUCCCAGAAAAGGUAUGUGAAGUGGUCCAGGGACUGCAUGGACAGAUGGCUCAGCUCCUGGAAGGCAGAUCAAGGCGGGUGGCCCUGAGGGCACUUUGCUCAUUGGCAGCAGAACACACACAUGAAGUGGUCCAGACCCUACUGUCUCACUCUCUGCCCUGUGACAGUGCAGCAGCUGAGUUGUGGCGGGGCCUGAGCCGGAACCAGAGGGUGAACGGGCUGGUCCUGGUGCACCUGCUGCAGGAGGUGAAGGGCCCGCCCCAGCUCCGGGGCCCCAGCCCCAGCCCAGGCCCGAGUCCCCAAGCAGUCAAGCCCCAAACCCAGGCAUUGGCAGCCACAAGAGCACUAGGAGAAAUGUUGUCAGUGUCGGGAUGCGUGGCCGCCACGAGGGGCUUUUACCCGCAAGUGCUCAUUGCGCUGGUCACCCAGCUACACCAGCUGGCCUGGUGCGCCCCUUCCCCCCAGGUUCAAGUGAAGGUGCGGGGUCCUCCCCCCAACCAUGCUAGCUGCGCAGUGGAAGCUCUGAAGGCCCUGCUCAAUGGGGAUGGAGGCCGAAUGGUGGUAACCUGCAUGGAGCAGAGUGGGGGCUGGAGGCGUCUCAUAGGAUCUGGGACCCAUCUGGAGGGGGUCCUCCUGCUGGCCAGUGCCCUAGUGGCUCAUGCUGACCACCACCUGCGUGGGCUCUUUGCAGACCUACUCCCACGGCUACAAAGCACAGAUAAAGCGCCCCGGCUGACCGCAAUGGCCUUCUUCACCGGGCUUCUUCAGAGUCAGCCCACGGCGAGACUACUGAGAGACGAAGCCAUUGUACAGCGUCUGACUGCUUGGCAAGCAGACCCCGAGCCCACCGUGCGCUGGCUUGGCCUCCUGGGGCUGGGCCACCUGGCCCUGAACCGCAGAAAGGCGCGGCACGUGGGGACGCUGCUCCGGGCUCUGCUGGGAGCGCUUGGCGAAGCCGACAUACGGCUGGUGGGGGCGGCCCUGGGCGCGCUCCGGAGGCUCCUGCUGAGGCCCAGAGCUCGGGCGCGCGUGAGCGCGCAAUGCAGCAGCCUGGGCUCGCGCCUGAGGCCUCUGCUGGACCACGACCAGGAUUCUGUCCGUGCCUCCGCUAUUGGGCUUCUGGGCACCCUGGUGGGUCGUUGCUCCCCGAGGCGCACGAGGGCGGUGCGGGAGCUGGUGCUGGGCAGCCUCGUGACCCUGUUGCUGCGCCUGCAAGACCCGAGCCUGGAUGCUGCUGAGAGUGCCGAGUGGACGUUAGCUCGUUGUGACCGCUUCCUUCGCUGGAGGCUCUUGGAGGAGAUCUCAGCCAUGGUUCACUAUGACAGCCCGGAAGCUCUCAGUCGCACCUGCAGACGCCUGGUGCAGUGGUACCCUGGCCGCGCCUCAGACUUCUUGAGCCAGGCCCAGGGCUACUUGAGGAGUCCCCAUGUUCCUAUUCGACGGGUGGCAGCCAUGUUCAUAGGGUUUCUGAUUCAUCACAUGGACCCUGACUGUGUCAACCCUGGCCUGGUAGACUCACUACUGCACGACCUUGGGGAAAUGCAGUGGGAUGCUGAGCCUUGCAUUCGAGAUGUUUCCCACAUCACCAUGCACCAAGUGCGGCUAGUGUGCCGGGACCAGGACUCUCCCCGUCGGGGUAGCUUCUCCCCUUGGCAGCUGUUGUGCUGCUGGGCCCACCACCAAGAUCGGGAGAGACCAGUCUAUGAGGACAGCCCCUUCAAGCCUAGGAGCCGGGCUGGCCUCUGGGGAUGUGGGGCACCUUCUUGAGUUGUCUCCUCCUUCUCUUUUGAAGAACACUUGUUCAGCCAAAGAAGCCAGGUCCCUUGUUCUUGCCUGGACCUUUCCUAGGUAUUCACACCCCAGGCGUGAAGAUGGAUUCUUUUAACACUUCAUAAAGGGAAACUUCCCAGGUAUAUCUGCCUGGACAUUCCUGGUGGAAGAGCAGAGCCCCUGGACACUUUCCUCUUUGAUGUGUCAUCUUUAGAAUGGUUAUAGCUGAUUUAGGGGUGUCUCACAGACUUUCUUAUUGUUAUUUCCUGACCCCACAAGAUCAUGUAAAUCAGGAAUCCAUUACCCCUUAAUGCAUCUAGCUGUGGUCCAAGAUGUAUGAGUCAAACCCUCUCUGGAGAAGUGGGCAUUCCCUCUCCCUGCCUACCUCCCAUUCAGAUGGAGAGGUUUCUCUUGUGUCCAUUUGUGUCUUUUUGACUGAUGGGGGAUUCUCAUCUGGCCCUGAGAAGUAGGGAUCCCAAAGUAUAUGCAUGAGCAUGUCUCCUCUCUCCUUACUGAAGAGAAUACUGGAAGCAAGGACAGGAAGAUACCAGAGGGAAGCCAAAUGCUCCCUCAUAUCCUACCCCCUCAAUAUUGCCUGUAUUCCAAUUCUUGUCCUCUGUCCUACUCCCUUCAAAAGUGCUCUGUAGGACAUGAUAGAGAUUGAGAGGAAGGAGAAAAACCAGUGUUCUAGUCCCAGUUCUACCCUAACAAUGUGACUUUUGUUACUCUCUCUGAUGCCUUUUUUGUAAAAUGGAGACAGUAGUCACUGCCUCUUGGAUGCAGAGUUAUUGGGAGGAAAGUGCUUUGUGGAUCAUGAAACUGUAGAAAAAAAUGAGAGCUCCCAUCCCUAAUAAAUAACAGUCUCCCUUAGCCUGGGAUUAUCAGGCAGAGCCCAAGUGGAGACUAUAGAGGACUCCCAGCAUGAGCCAAGCACAGGAUCACAAACAUGAGGCAAGCUAUCUUUCCCUUUGAUCUAGCACUUUAUAGACAGACUCUUUUGAUGUACUGAUUGAUGGUAUUUAGAUGUGUUUUAUUUCUCUGCUAAUGUGCCUUACUUAUUAAACUAUAAGUUCUUUGAGGGCAGGA